AUGGGGAAGCCUAGCAGCUCACGGAAAGAGGCAGCAGCAACUCGUGCUGAGCGCAAAUUCGAGAAGAAAGUACAGUUUUAUGAAAAGGUUAGAGAUACAGUAGCUUCAUUGACAGCUCAAAAGGCCAUUGCCAAGAAGAAAAAGCGUAGCCACCAGAAAAAAUUGAAGCCCUAUGACCUUACUUCCCUAUCUGAGUUUCUUCCUGAGUUCAAUGCUUCACAGCAAAAGCCUCCUACUACAUUGAAGCUGAACAGUAAAAGGCGGCAAAAUCAAGUGCUGAAGGAGGGACAGCAGUUGAACACUGUCUUGAAUCAUCCUGCUUUUCAGUCAGAUCCUCUGGGCGCCAUUUAUAAACAUCUUCAGAACACACAGCCACUUACUGAUAAGCAACCUAAAGCGAAGGACAACAAGAAUGGCCAGAGGAAAGCAAAAAAGAAAAAAUCCAAAGCUUCAAAAGGUCCUCAAUCCAUGGAGUUGUGA